CGGAACCAACAAUCUUUGAACUUCCACCACCAUCACCGCCGCCAUCACCACUGCCGCCAUCACCGCCAUCACCACUACCAUCACCGUCAUCACCACCACCGUCACCGCCGCCACAACCUGAAACCCUCUUAUAUCCUGCUCCAUCAAAUGUUGUUUGGAUGAACAGGACAAUUGAUGGAGCAAUUCCCACCACAAUUUCUACCUUAUCCUUUAACAGUUUAUUGUCAGAAAUGACAUUUUUCCAUUCCCAGCCGCCUGAGACAAUUCCUGUAUACGACAAUUCUCAGAGAAUCCCUUUUUCCAAAUCUUCUCCCCGUCCUAUGAAACUGAAACUAGUAACGGGAUUGUGUUACCUUCCCAAUCCUAAUAAAGAGGAAACAGGUGGGGAGGAUGCCCAUUUUGUUUGUGAAAAUGCAAUCGGUGUAGCUGAUGGUGUCGAGGAAUGGGAUAAAUAUGGGGUCGAUUCAGGGGAAUUUGCCCGAGAAGUGAUGUUUCGAUGUGUUGCUGCAAUUCGAGAAGAGCCUAAGGGUUGUAUAGAUACAACAAGAGUUCUCCAAAAGGCUCAUGCUUUGCUGCAAGCUGAAGGGUCUUCCACAGUUUGCAUAAUAGCACUGACCGAGCGUGGUCUUCAUGCCGUAAACUUGGGAGACAGUGGUUUCAUGGUGAUUAGAGAUGAAUGCGCUGUUUUCAAAUCUCCAGCUCAACAACAUGCUUUCAACCGUACAUAUCAUUUAGCAGCCAUUGGGAAUGGUGCUGAUCUUCCUAGCUCUGCCCAGGUGUUUUCUGUUCCUGUUAUCCCGGGAGACGUUAUAAUUGCUGGCAGCGAUGGGCUGUUUGAUAAUUUGUACAGCAAUGAGAUAACCUCUGCUGCUGUGAAUGCCAUUCGAGCUGGGUUGGAUCCUGAAGCCACCGCUCAAAAGAUUGCAGCUUCUGCAAGACAGAGUGGAGAUGAUAAGAUGAGAUCAACUCCAUUCUCAACAGCUGCCCAAAAUGCCGGUUUUCGUUAUUCUGGGGGCAAGCUCGAUGACAUCACUGUCCUGGUUUCUUUUGUUAAGGAGAAUGCUCCAACGCCAUCACCAUUUGGAUACCGCUAAAGACAAGAGCUAAAGACAAAGACAAUUCUUGAUAACUGUUUCUCAUAUUGUGUCAUGUGGUUGUAUCUUGAUUUCAAUUAAUAGGGUUUUGUCAAUUUUAUUUUGUUGUAAGAACUUUGUUUUGUUUUGUUUUUCUCUUUUUCUAAAUUUAUCUUAUAAAUGUUCAUUUAUAUUCAA